UUUUUGUGAUGGCGAGGAUGGCUGAAGGCUCUAUUUUAUUGUCUGUUACUGCUGAAGUACUUUUUCAUGAUGGGGCAAAUUGGAUUAGAAUGGAUAAUAAUAUGAAUGGUCAUUCUGGGCUUUCUUCAAUAAAAUUGGUUAAAUCAAUAAAUGAAGCUAUUUAUAGAAUUAUUGCCAUCAGGAAUAUUGAUAACAAGCGAAUUGUAGAUCAAGUUAUAUUUCAACGUUUAAAAUAUAAAGAAGCAACUCCUUCCUUUCAUCAAUGGAGAAAUGAACACAAACAAGUUAUUGGUUUAAGUUUUACAAAUACACAGGAAGCACGGCAUUUUUAUUCUGGAGUUAGACAAGCAUUAGAUAGUCUUGUUAGCAUUCAACAACAAUUUGUUAGUGUACCUACGUCUAAUCAAGUUGAUACAUCUACAUAUCAAGACCCCCAAAAUUUCCAUAAUUAUAAUUGUCAACAACAAGAUAUUUAUUCCAAUGGUGCUAAUCACGUUGAAGAAGUCAAUACUUGUUAUAUUGAACCAAAUAAUGGAAAAAUUAUUUCAACACAAACAAAUGGUUGUUAUGAAAAUAAUAACCAAAGAAUUUAUGGCCAAAAAUAUGUCAAUAAUCAGGGACAGAUUACAACAAAUCAACAACAAAAUAACUUAAUUCGACGUGCUUCUCAAGGCUCGAAUAUUAGUUCUAGCACUGGUGGUAGUUUACCUGGACCUUAUGGACAACAAGUACUAGUCAUUCCUUCACAAAAUACUACUUAUUCAAAUAACAAUAAUUUAAAUGAAAUAAAUUCUAAUAAUAAUAAUUUAUAUUCUUCGAAUGUUGAACAACAACAAACUUCCCAUUUGCCUCCCCCACCUCCAAAUAGUAAUUAUCAACAAAAUACUAUGAACAAUAACAACAACACACAAAAUAAUAUAGCUCCACCGCCUCCUCCUCCUCCACCACCGCCCCCACCAGAAUUAAAAAAUAUUUUGUCUGCUAAACAAAAAAGCUUUUCUGAACAACUUCGGUUGGUCCAAUCAAGUAAAAGUGGUGCAAAAGGAAAUGAUAAUACAAAUAGUAUUAAACCAUCAUCAUCAACAACAACAACAACAAACAGUUCUCGCGAAAAUGGACCAAAAAAUCCAAUUGGUGGCAAGCAAGAUUUAAUAAGUGAAUUAGCUGACCGUUUAAAUAAACGAAAAAUGAAUUGUGCAGCAGAAGGAAAUAAUGAAAUAAAUUUGAAUAAACCAGUGGAAGUUGGAGGAACAAAAAAUUGUGUUGUUAAUCAACAAAAUAAGCCUCAACAAAUUUGUGGGAAUAUACAAGUCCAACAGAAUGCCAAUGUACAGCUAAAGAAUGGUCCAGCAAUCUCUCAAAAAAUAUCAAGUGGCUCAUCAAUCGCUAGCCAAGAAGAAAUCCCCAGCACUAGCAAUGAAAAUGGAUCAACACAAAAAACAUUCGUAACAACUGAGGACUUGGCACGAUUUAAAAUUGAAAUGAUGGAAGCAUUUUCAGCAGAGCUUUCAAAAUUUCGGGCAGAGUUGACACAACAAGUAUGUAAUGAAAUUGCCAAAAUUUUCAAUAAUCGGCAAUGAA